AGUCGCCACGAUGCCGGAAAAAGGCGUUUCGUGGAUAGACUAGACAAAGAGGAGGAAAAAAAAAAAAGACAGAUGCGCGAAGAGAGAAGCAGCGAGAGAAGCGAUUCAAGCCGCGGUAUAUAGCCGCCUCCUGCUAGUAGGUUCCUAGGAGGCAAGAGCAAAUCAAACGGCACCAUCGCCGCCGCCGGCGCCCGCGGCAUUUCAGAUUUCAGAGAGAGACAGAGAGGAAGGAAGGGAAGGGGAAGAAGAGGAAGGGGGGAGAGAGGGAAGAGGGAGGGAUGGCGUGCCUGCACAACCACAGCUGCGAGGAUCACAACUGCGCCGCCGACUGGUCGCUCUUCAACCACAUCGACCUCCCCAAGGUGGUGGCUCUGAACGAAUCCGUGGCGGGGAGCGUCAAGUCGGUCUUCAAGCCCUGGGAGCAGCGCCUCGACACCUCUGGGGGUUUUCUGGAGAGUAAUGAGGGUGACCCUGAGUUACUUAUUUUCAUCCCGUUUACGUCAGAUGUCAAGAUCAAGAGCAUCUCUGUCGUUGGUGGUGCAGAUGGAACAAGCCCUUCUAGAAUGAGAGCGUUUGUCAACCGAGAAGGCAUUGACUUCAAUGAUGCUCAGAACAUGCAGCCUGUGCAGGAAUGGGAGCUGGCAGAGAAUUUACAGGGAGCUCUAGAGUACCAAACAAGGUAUUCAAGGUUCCAAGGUGUGGCUAACCUAACUCUACAUUUUUCUGAUAACUUUGGAGGUGACACAACUAAGAUAUAUUACAUUGGUUUGCGUGGUGAAGCUACUCAGAACAAAAGGGAUGUUGUGGCCACAAUUGUGUAUGAAGUAAUGCCCAAUCCUUCUGAUCACAAAACAAAAUCCGAGACUGGAGGUGGCUUUUCGCAUGUUGAGUAGGCAUGUCAUGUCAGAGCUUGGAAAACGGAUCGGUGCUGGAUGCUGCUGUCAACUGUGAUUUCCUUCAGUUCUACUAAUAAAAGCAAUCCAGCUCUUGGAGACGUGUAUGUAGUAGCUUGACUUCUGUGUGCAGAACUUGUUUACCUCUCGAUACUGACUUACCUGUUGCAAAACGCCAUCAUCAAAAUUUGACCCUUGGUGUGAUUUCUUACCGAAGUCGAAGUCUGAACUGUUCGUACUUGUCCAUAUUGAAUUUCAGUUCAACCGUAAUGUGAUACUUGCUACGAUUUGUUCGGUUUGAACGUGAAUUCGAUCUCUUCUG